CACCACCUAUUUGUACCGUCUCAGACAAAGUCAUCUGUCCAGACGUCGGGGAGCUUUCAGCAGGAGAGUCAGAGCAGCUGCCACAGUCCAGUCUCUAGAAAUCACUGCUGAAGAGAGUCCAGACAUGGGGCGUCAGGAGGCCGACUACGUGUGGAAGAAAACCACGGAAAACAUCCAGGAGGUUUUUGACCUGAUGGAAGAGCUGGGAUCGGGGGCAUUCUCAGAGGUCUACAUGGUGAGGGAGAGGAAGACGGGAAAGACUUUUGCCAUGAAGUGUGUGAAAAAGAAGAAGAAGGUCGACAUCAACCUGGAAAACGAGAUCACCGUGAUGAGAAGAAUCAAGCAUGAUAACAUUGUGGGGAUGGAGGAUUUCUAUGAAAGCCAGACUCAUUACUACCUCAUCAUGCAACUAGUGUCCGGGGGGGAGCUGUUUGACCGGAUCCUGGACCGGGGCAUGUACUCGGAGAAGGACGCCAGCCGGGUGAUCCAGCAGGUUCUGCAGGCCGUCAACUAUCUGCACCAGAACGGGGUCGUGCACCGGGACCUGAAGCCGGAGAACAUCCUGUACUACAGCCAGGACGAAGACUCUAAGAUCAUGAUCAGUGACUUCGGCCUGUCAAAGAUGGCAGAGAGCGGCAUCAUGUCCACGGCCUGUGGAACCCCAGGAUACGUGGCUCCGGAGGUUCUAGCACAGAAACCCUACAGCAAGACGGUUGACUGCUGGUCCAUCGGAGUUAUCACCUACAUCUUACUCUGUGGAUAUCCCCCUUUCUAUGAAGAGAGUGAAACACGGCUCUUUUCUAAGAUCAUGAAGGCCCAGUAUGAGUUUGACUCCCCCUUCUGGGACGACAUAUCUGAAUCUGCGAAGGAUUUCAUCCGUAACAUGAUGCAGAAGAAUUCAAACAUGCGCUACACCACAGACCAAGCGCUCAGACAUCCCUGGAUCAUUGGGAAGACGGCCAGGAGCCAGGACAUCUACUACUCCGUCAGCAUUCAGAUCCAGAAGAACUUUGCACAAUCCAAAUGGAAGCAAGCCUUCAACGCGACCGUGGCCAUCAACCACAUGAAGAAGCUGCAGCUGGCCCACACGGACGCAGCCCUGAGGCAUUCCAGCGUCCCGGACAUCAAGGUCGUUGACCUGUCCUCCCCCAUGAGAAACCACAAACUUCUGGAGCCGGCCAAGCCCGAGCCCAAGGAGAUGAGCGGCAGCACCAACGGAACCCAGCACAUGUCUGUGCCUGCCAGCCACAUCGACCUGAAGAACCACUUCCACCCCCUCACCAGUCCCAGCGGAGCUCACCACACCAUGGCCGAGCAGGGGAAACACGUCUACCACUCAGAACCCGCCAACCUCAACGGGUACGCUAAAGGCCGCAACGGGAAGAUUUUACAGACCGGGGUGUGCUCUGUCAUGUGAACACUGAUCCAUCUGGUCCAUGAAAUCAAGUAUUUUACAGGUCAGAGCUGCUGUUUUGUCUCAGCGUUGCUGCUACAGUAUCUUGCAUCAGCAGCUCCGGUUCUGUGAGGAAGACGUGGUUGAUCCUUCCCAGUGUCUGCAGGGUUUGCAGUCUGUUCUGCUGUGACUUUCUCUGUUUGAUAGAGUGCCUAAGAACCUUGUCAGAAACCCCACUGAAGCACACGUCGUUACUCACGCUCAACUCAAGUGCAAAGACCAGUUCCACAUUUUCAACUGGAUUCAGAGAUAGAUCUGAUGUAGAAGGUCGUGUGACGGCUCACUCGCUGCUACGCUUGGAGCUGAACGGAGCGAUGGAGUCUCUGACCCCUGACCCCUGACCUCUGACCUCUGACGAGCUUCAUAGCAACGCUCAAGUUUCCUCUUACGGUUUCUUUUCCCAAUCAUUUUUAUGUAAAUAUGUAUAUUUUUUUUUAUUUAAUUCAGGGAAAGUUUCCUCUUUUUUUAGGAUUGUGAUCACACAAGGACACACAAAAUAACAGGACAGUUAUAUUACUUGUACAGUAAAGUAAAGAAUUGUUAUGAAGCUACUGUACCUGCAGACCCGCAUUUUUAAACACGAUAAAACAUGUGAAUAAAAAAAAAAACACGCUUAUUGCUUCCAUCCUGGUGUAAUAUAUUGUUAUAUGGUCUUUAUUAUAAUUACCUUUCUUAUGUUGACUGUUUGUUUUUGAUUUUUCUUCCUCUAAUGUAUUCACUUCCUGUGUUUUUAUCACCUAAGAAAGUAGAAGUUAGAUAACUUAAUACCAGGGAUAUGUUUAAAACUGCCGGUUUGUACAGUAGCCCUCACAUGCUGUCAUUCUGCUAUAAGUGUUACUAAUAACUACAGACGUUUUUCUGCUUCCUGUAAGUCCUUCACUUUGUGCAGUGCGGUUUCUCUCCCCAGCUGUGUGCAGCUCUGGUUUAUUGCAUUAAACAAAUUUCUGCUGGGAUCUUGUAUGGUGAGGAAUAAAAGCUGUC